UUUGAAACCAUACAAAGCUUUUCUCUACUUUCAAGUUCCUUACUAAUUCUUCCAAUCUUUAUUUAUUCAACUUUAUUGAACUUAACGACCAUGGCUAUCCGUAUGCCUCGUAUAAUCAAGAAGUCUUCUACAGCUGGCGAUGUUCCAAAAGGCCACUUUGCUGUUUAUGUAGGGGAGAAGCAAAAGAAGAGAUUUGUAAUCCCCAUAUCAUUCUUGAGCCAACCUUUAUUUCAAGACUUGCUUAGUCAAGUUGAGGAAGAAUUUGGCUUCGAUCAUCCAAUGGGUGGUGUCACAUUUCCCUGUAGUGAGGAUGUGUUCAUUGAUCUUACUUCUCGCUUGAAUAGGAUCUGAGGCUUUUAUUUUCACAAUUUUGUAAAGAACAGGAUAUUCAAUUUGUACAUUACAAGAAUUAGGAAUGACACAUAUUUUGUAACAUAUUACUAAAAAACAGAUAGAGGGGCUACUGUCAGAUGCAAUAGCAGAUCCCAAUUUUGAAUGUAAUUUUCAGUAGCCGAUGUCUAAAAAUAUACACAACACAAUUUUUA